AGCGGCUGUUUCCGACCUGAUAAAGCGGCGUUGUCCCCGCGCGCUGGCCGCAGCCUCGCAGCGCUCGCACCCCGUCCGAGUAGUUGACUGACGGACCCGCCCGCCCGGCCGCCGCCGAGGGCGCAGCCGCCGCCCGGACGCCCCGCCGCCGCCCCGGUGCGCCCGGGGCCCCGCACCCCAGCCGCCAGCCAGCCCCGCCAGCCCCGCGGCCCCGGCCGGAGGAGACAGAUCCUCUAGCCGCUCGAUGGGGAGUCACAGAAGACCGCCUGUGUGUGUCAGAUCCCCACCUCUCUGUAGCAAGAGAAGUACCUACAGCGCCUUCACAGUCAUGAUGAUGAAACUGGUAUUAACUGAGUGGCCCUUAUGGAUUUUUAACUCUAACUCACAGUGAGCCAGCAAGCCAUAUGUUUACAGUUCAACCAAAAACCCUUCGUGUUGCUGCACUUCUGGUGUGAGAGGUUGAGACGCCUGUUGGUACAGAGUGGAAUACAAGAAUUACUUGCCGUGGAAGGCGCCUGCAGCAGAGCGAGAAGACGUCUUAAUUUAUCAUUGGAGAGAGAUGAUAGUAUUAUUUAUAUAGGUAGAAUAAAUAUAUAAAUAUAUAUUUUGGUGGUAAUGAAAAUGGCUCCGCAGAAUGCCGACUCGGAAUCUAUGCAAGUACAAGAGCUGCCUGUGCCCCUGCCAGACCCUCAGAAACCCAGAGACCCAGAGGCCGAGACCCAAGAGGAGACCACAAGCGAGGGGUCCAUAGACAGAAUCCCCACACGCCUGUGGGUCAUGCAUGGGGCAGUGAUGUUUGGCAGGGAAUUUUGUUACGCCAUGGAGACCGCGCUGGUUACACCUAUACUGUUACAGAUAGGCCUCCCCGAGAAGUACUACAGCCUCACCUGGUUCCUGAGCCCUGUCCUUGGCCUCAUCUUCACACCGCUUAUUGGCUCUGCAAGUGACCGCUGCACCCUGAGCUGGGGCCGCCGGCGGCCCUUCAUCCUCGUGUUGUGUGUGGGGGUCCUCAUUGGGGUUGCACUUUUCCUCAACGGCUCUGCUAUAGGUCUGGCGCUCGGCGAUGUUCCCAGCCGGCAGCCCAUUGGCAUUGUCCUCACGGUGCUGGGAGUGGUGGUCCUGGAUUUCAGUGCCGAUGCAACUGAAGGGCCCAUCCGUGCCUACCUGCUGGAUGUGGUAGACAGUGAAGAACAGGACAUGGCCCUCAACAUACAUGCCUUCUCUGCUGGCCUUGGUGGGGCCAUUGGCUACGUGCUGGGUGGGCUGGACUGGACACAGACCUUCCUAGGUGAUUGGUUCCACACACAGAACCAGGUGCUGUUCUUCUUCGCUGCUGUCAUCUUCUCAGUGUCGGUGGCUCUGCAUCUCUUCAGCAUCGAGGAGGAGCAGUACAGCCCACAGCAGGACCGCGGGCCUGAGGAUGCCACCCUGCCCAGCACCAGUGUUCAGCCUGGAGCCUCAGCCCCUGCUACCCGCCUCAGCUCCCUUGGUGGGGGCAUGCAGGACGGCAGCCCCCCAUUCCCAGAUGAGGUGCAGUCAGAGCACGAGCUGUCCUUGGACUACCUCGAUGUGGACAUUGUGCGCAGCAAGAGUGACUCGGUGCUGCACAUGGCUGAUGCCACUCUGGACAUGGAGCCUCCACUGCUCUUUCUGCAUGACAUCGAGCCCUCCAUCUUCCAAGAUGCUUCCUACCCCAGCACCCCGCAGAGCACCAGCCAAGAGCUCCUGAGGGCUAAGCUGCCCCGCCUGUCCACGUUCCUCAGGGAGUCCACCAAGGAGGACGACACCUUGCUUGAUAAUCACUUGAAUGAAGCUAAAGUCCCAAAUGGGAGAGGCUCCCCACCAGUGAACUCCUUCAGCCGCUCUAAGGUAGACUUGAAGCCCUCAGUCACAUCUAGUUCCAUGAGGCGGCGUAGGCACAUGUUUCACAGGCAGGCUUCUAGCACCUUCUCCUACUACGGCAAGAUUGGGUCCCACUGCUACCGCUACCGCCGGGCCAAUGCAGUGGUCCUGAUCAAGCCAUCCCGAAGCAUGAGUGACCUGUAUGACCUGCAGCAGCGGCAGCGCUCCCGGCACCGCAACCAGAGUGGGGCCACUGCCUCCAGCGGGGACACGGAGAGUGAGGAGGGGGAGACGGAGACCACCGUGCGCCUGCUGUGGCUAUCCAUGCUAAAGAUGCCCAAGGAGCUGAUGUGGCUCUGCCUCUGCCACCUGCUCACGUGGUUCUCUGUCAUCGCAGAGGCUGUCUUCUAUACUGACUUCAUGGGCCAGGUUAUCUUCAAAGGGAACCCCCAGGCCCCCUCCAACUCCACCAAGUGGCACGCUUACAAUGCUGGCGUGAAGAUGGGCUGCUGGGGCCUGGUCAUCUACGCUGCUACUGCUGCCAUCUGCUCAGCCCUGCUACAGAAGUACCUGGACAACUAUGACCUGAGCAUCAGGAUCAUCUACAUGUUGGGGACACUGGGCUUCUCCGUGGGCACCGCUGUGAUGGCCAUGUUUCCUAACGUCUACGUGGCCAUGGUUACCAUCAGCACCAUGGGUGUUGUCUCCAUGAGCAUCUCCUACUGCCCCUAUGCCCUCCUAGGGCACUACCAUGACAUCAAGGAGUAUGUCCACCACAGUCCGGGAAAUUCCAAGCGUGGAUUUGGCAUUGACUGCGCCAUCCUCUCCUGUCAGGUCUACAUCUCCCAGAUUCUGGUUGCAUCUGCCCUUGGGGGCGUGGUCGACGCUGUGAAUACUAUUGUUGUCAUCCCCAUAGUGGCUUCUGUAGGCUCGUUCCUGGGCUUCCUGACAGCCACAUUCCUGGUCAUCUACCCUGAGGUAUCAGAAGAAGCUAAGGAGGAACAGAAAGGCCUGUCCUCAGGGCCCACUGGUGAAGGCGAAGGUGGAGCAGGCAGCGAAAAGCCCACUGUUCUGAAGCUGUCUCGGAAAGGGGGCCUUCGGGGCCUGGUGGAGACAGAGUCUAUGGUGUGAGCCCCAGCCGGUACAUUCCACACUGGAGGGCAGGGUGCAUUGGGGUUAUGCUUGCCGAUACCGUGCGAGCUGGAGUUCCUUCCCAGAGCACAGUCCAAGUUCAGUAGGUGUUAGGUGUAGGGUAGGUUUGAGCUAUUAGACAAAAAUAUCACACUAAUUACCUUUCCCACAAUUAAAAGAAAUCAUUUGAAAUCUUUUUUUUUAUUGAAAAAGAACUUAAUUUCAGCUGUCUUUUAUUCUGCAGGUAUAUCAUUCUGCAUGUUUUAAAUUGUGAAAUAUUCACAGCAUAGUCAAUAAGCAAUUUAGAAAAUGUAAGGGUCUGCAUUUCUAAACCAGUGAUUGGAAGUGCAGAAGCUGACUCCCUUGGCAGGUGUCAUCUGAAGGCAGCAGACAGCAGCGCAGUAUCCAGAUUGCCCAGCAGGUGUCUGUCGGGGACACCGGCAGCAUGAGUCUGGGAUUGCAGCGCCUCAGAGUAUUUUUCUGUUUAUUUUAGAAACAGUAUUUUCUUUUUCACAACUGUGGUUUUCUUAGAAGAACAGCAUCUCUGGCGAGUUAGGCUCACAAUCCUGUGCACAGCUGAGACCACACACCAAAGCUGGGGAAGGGGCCCAGAGGUGUUUGAGCAGAAGGCAGCCAUUUCCCAGGGCAGCCUUACAUCCCGCCCAGGGACAGCACCAAUCAGCAGGGCUGAAUGUGAACUCUCCGUGUGCCUCCUGCGUGCUUGUGUGUAAGUUUGUCUCUGUCCAGCCCCUACCCUCGUGGUCCUCCCCAGAAGCCACCACAGGGCAGCUGUUGGCUCUGCGUGACACUUCAGCUCGUCUCUACACGUUUGGCUGGAAAUCCAGGCACAUCUUCAGGUGAGCCUUGGCUCCCAAGUCCUGCUGCAAGGCUACCUCGAGAGUGGGGACAGUGGCAUCAGAGCAGGCACAUGAAGGUGCCGAGGCCUACCUCCUGCCACGUUGGUGACAUUGAUCCUCGCUGGAACCUAACUGAAAUCUGUGAGCUCAUCACCUGCUCCUGCUGAUGGCCACUGGAAUGGGAUGAUGGCAAAGAGAAAAAAGCAGGCAUCUGCCUGAGCAGGCCGGCUGCUGACCCAGGAUCUGCAGUUCCCACGUUCUGCACAUGAGCAAAACUUGGGCUUCAGGGAAGCAGGCUCAGCAAAUGCUGCAGCUGUGGGUAAAGACUUUCCAACGAUGUCUCUGUUUAACAACUCCAGUCUCGGUUCGUGAAACAGUCGGUCUGCACUCAGGAGAGGGAAGGUCCUCCCUGGAUGGUACCCAGAUGAAGUCAGAGCCGUGCUCUUGCUGCCUCGGUUGGUGUUUUUACAUAAAGUACUUUAAAGUGCAUGAGAAUCAUGCUGCAAUAUGAGCAUUCUAAAGCAAAUAUAUAUACAUUUAUAUUUCAAGAUGAAAGUAAGCAGUUUUUAAAUAAAUUACUUGAAUUUUCUGUGUCUUCAAAGAAACGCUGUGUUUAUGUCCUUGGCUGGGCUCUGUCUUACCACCUUCCCCACACAGGUGGCACUGUGGUCUUUCGUAUUUUAUAUCUGGGGAGCAGAGGUACCAGGGUUCCUUCCACCUGCCUGGCUCUUCCCUCAAGCCUGCAGAGGACUAGCUCCACCUUCAGGGUUUUCUGUGUUGCCCAUUGAGAACAGAAUCGCAAGUCUCCCCCCUGGGUAGGGGAAGUUGGACUCCCAAGUGUAGCCGCAGGGCUAAGCCCCCAGCCAUCUGAGCCCCGUCAGCGGACACAGGCACUUGCUGGGCUCCUCUCUCCAACCAGCAUCCUUGGCAGGUCACUCCUGUGCAACCUAAUUCUAAGAUGAUAGUCCCUCCUUCCUGAGACUGCACCCUGCUUUUCCACUUUGCCAUAGGAGGACAGAGGGAGGCAGGGAGGCAGAGGACAUCUAGUAGGCAGAACCUGGAACCAGCGAAAUGAGUGUAAGGUCUUAGGACACAAUGCUCACAGUACCCACCCAGAUGCUUCUGCAGACCCUGCUCAUUGAAGCUGAAUGACAGGGCUUUGGGGUCUGGCAGAGACCACACCCACAGGAGCAAGAGAUAAUAGGAUCUCCACAAACAGUGGGCCAGACCUUAAGAUACCGGCAGCUUCUACUCACCAUAACCUGAAGUAACCCUGGGACACUUUGUGUUCAUGACAGGUCUUGGCAAGGCCACUGGUAAAAUGCUGACACCCAGUAAGAAUAGUCAGCCAGAGGCAUGCCUGUUAGUUGCUGUCAGAUCAGGCUACACAUCUGGUACUACUUUAAGACCUGAGCCUGUUAGAUGUUUACAUCCAAAGGCUGCUGUCUGUGGGUGGUCAGUGUGAGGGCCCUUGGGAUGAGACCCAAGGGUGAUGAUAGAAUUGGAUUCUGGCUUUCCUUGCAGAUAAAUAUAGUGGAUGUUGUCUUAUCUGGGGUACAGUAGCCAGACCCUUCCCUCACUGAGAAAUUGUUCUGAGAUGGCACCAGUGGGUGACUGUCAGUGCCAGCGCCUAUGUGUUAAAGCCAAGGGAGGAGAGCUGGCUGUGCAGUCGGUGAUGCCAGCGCUUGCAUUGCUCAGACCACACCAGGUAUUUGUUUCCCGACCUGCACUUGAAGACCUAGCACCCAUGGGCACUGGGAUCUCAGAGAGUGCACCCGAGUAGCUCUUCUGUGGCCUAGGAUGUUGAGAGGAAAGGUAGUUCAGUUACCUGGACCCAGGGGACUGGCAGGGUCAAGCAGAUGCCCGCCCCACUUGUGGCCCGUGCCGAGGAUGCACGUGGAGUUAGCUUUGUAGCACCUUGGGAUUUAGACUGUGUGCAAGCACCAUGUGGUAGGGGAUUAGCAGGAGUUGCACUGGUCCCAGGCCACAGAAUUGGCAAGCAGGUUACUAACGGAAGGGAGCCUGCUUCUGUUGCCCAUGAAAGUCAGCAGGUUUUUUAAGAGAUGCCUCUUAAGAUGUGUGGCCCAAGUUUGCCUGCAUGAGAGCAUGAGCCGGUAAGAGGUCCACAGCCUGGGGACAGAAUGGCAUGGCGGCACUUCCUAGUAUCUGGAAAGCUGUCUAUGGGACAUUAUCUGUUCUUAGCCUACGGUCUCAGCUGGAACAUUCACACCAACAGGUCCAUAGCCCUCAGACUCACACCCUUGAGAUCCUCAGGGCCCUGUGAGGGCUGGUUUGGGCAAAGUUGGGAGUGACAGAGCAGGAUCUGGUCGGUAGCCUCCUGGAGUGGUCAAGAUGUCAUAGAAGGUGCGGCGUAGAAAGUGCCGAGGCCCCUCCUGCAGCAGCAGCCUGUCUGCCUUAUCUCCCUGGUGCCCCUGGCUUCUGCAACCCGUGGAAGCAACCCUGGCUACGUGUGCUACAGGUCAGUAUCUGUAAAACAGCAUCUACUGAGACCAGACAUUCAUCAACUUCACAUGCACCAAAUGCCAUGACUCCCUAGCGGUUCCGCUUUCACCUGAGCCUCUGUCUUCAGCCACCAACCUGGGGACUGCCCAGCACAGCAGCCAUGCUGUCUGUUUUAUUCCAUUUUGGACUGACUCUUAAAUGGGGCAGGCAAGGGACAUGCACUCGAUAACUCAUCACCACUUCAUGAAAAGCCGACAUCACAGUGGAAGCCUGAGAUGGCCCCUUUGACAGCAACCAACAGGCCUCCAGGAGAGCAGAGCAACCCAGGAGCCCCAGGUACCUCUCCUGCUGUCUGCUAAAGGUCCCGUGCUGGGGACUCAAAGCAGGAAGAACAGUUGUUAGAAAACCUUGGCACAGUCACAGUGGCACUCUCCAGGUACCUCGGAACAAACCUAUUUAGUUCCUUUGUGAACUGGAAACAGGACAACUGUUAUCAACUUAUUAAGUUGGAGCACUGUAAUAGCUCUUGCUGAUUUUAGCAACGGUUAAGUGUGUGUUAAACACAUGUUACGAUUUAUAAGGAAACAGAUUCUAGAGAGAGUACUAUCACACACUUUGUAUUUUAUUAGGUGGAUGUUGAUGUCUGUUGCUGUCCAGAACCCCCACCCCCACCUCCCCCCACCUGUCCUCCCCAGCUUUGUCCUUUCUUUGUCACACCCUGGGCUGCUGGUCCCUGUACAUCGCUCCUUGUGUACGGCCUGACUCCUUCCUGCCAGGCUAGUGUCUCCCCGCCGCUAUUGCUGUUAUGCUGUAGUUAAUUCAAUAAAUGUUAUCAUUGCAGGUGA